AUGGAAGGGUCGACCGAAAAGACUGUCUAUACUCAAGACGCGCCACUACAGACUAUGGAGACUGAACCAAUCACAAAAGCCCAAGAUUCAGUGAUCUAUGGCAGCAGAAGUGGAUAUCGUCUCCUUGUCUUUCUCCUCCCCGUCAACUUCGGUUUUGAGCUUGCUCUUGUUGGAAACAUCAUCGCUAUCCCUGCAUUCCUGGAUCGAUUCGGCCAAGAAACAGCCGAUGGCGCCAUUGGGAUUGAUGCUCACGAGCUGCAGGUGUUGAACGCUUCGACGACUGUCGGUAUCUUCGUGGCUGCAUUCGGCGAUGGUUUCAUCGCAGACAAGAUUGUUCGUCGCAAGAAUACCAUGAUCGUGGUCGGCCAGUGGUCCUGCGCGCUUGUUGGCUACCGUGGGUCAUUCAUCAACAAUGAUUGGGGAUGGCGCAUGCGAAUCCUUGCACAGCUGCUCCCCCCUAUACUUAUGGUUGUCCUAGGCACACUAUUCCUCCCCAAGUCUCCUUCAUGGCUUGUUUUUCACGGAAAACAUGAGAAAGCCAUGGUAGCCCUCUAUAAGUUCAAUGGCCCAGACUACGGUGCCGCGCAGACAGUUGCGGUGCUAGAAGCGGCGGUACAAAAGGAGCGCGCACUUCAAUCUGAGAGUGCUCCAUACCUUGAAUGCUUCAAAAGUGUGAAUCUGCCGCAGCACGCUGAUUGUAUGUAUUACUUCACACAGGCUGGUGUCGAAACCCCAGUCGGUAUUGCGCAAGUUAGUUACGCUAUCCAGCUGGUCGGCAACUCGAUUCUCUAUUUCUUGAUUGCGAUCACUUGCCUACUUCUUCUGAUCGGCGGCCUGGAAACCCUGGAAAACAAUCGCACCGGUCUUCAAGCUGCCGUAGGCUUCAUGUCUUUCUGGGGUUUCUUGUUCCAGCUGACGCUCAGGGCCGUAGCUUACGCGGUCAUAGGCGAGACACCCACCCCUCGUCUACGGCAGAAGACAUACUCUAUCAAUGUCAUGUCAAACACAGCCGCCGCCUGUCUCGUGACACAACUCGUACCCGUCUUGAUAAAUCCUGGUAACGCGAACCUCGGCGCAAAGGUCGCUUUCGUCUUCUUCGCUCGUUCAGUACCGUUGCCUAUCUACCUGUACUUUUGCUUCCCUGAGAUGAAGGGUCACAGGUAUCUAGAAUUGGAGAUGAUGUUCCAGAAAGGCCAACCAGCAAGGAGAUUCAAGGAUUACAAGUGCGAGGUCGAGGGCCUAGAGAAGCCGGUGACAAUCGUUCAUGACGUGGGUCUGAACGUCUUCCAUAGCGAGCAGAGCAGCAGAAAUCUGAAGCUCAUGAUAAUCUUGCCAUUGUUCGCCUUAACGAGACGUGCUUAUCUUCCAGGUUGUAAAGUCCGGGUCUUGGCCAUUUUCGUAGCAAGGCAGACCCUGCCAGACCGUGUGUAG